AUGUCAGACGUUCAUAACAGCAGUUCAAGUAUAAAUACAGUAAGGUCCAAUUAUGGCUCAAAAAAUAUUCUGCAACUAAUUACAUGUCCAAUUUGCCUUGAAGUUUUUCGUGAACCAAUACAAUUACCGUGUCAACAUAAUUUUUGUAAAUCGUGUCUUGAAAGAAUUACAGUAGACCGCUGGAGUCGAUGUCCUGUAUGUCGAGGAUGCUAUCGAGUACCAUUCGCAGGUGUUGCUUCAUUUGAAGUCAAUCGAACAAUUAUUAAUUUGCUUGAGAACCAUUCAUAUGCUGAAUCAAGACCUAUGCUUCAAGCUAAAUGUGCCCUUUGUAAAUUAGAGGAUACAAUCACUAUAUGUGAACACUGCCGUGAAGCAAUAUGUUGUAAGUGUCGUCGAGAACAUUAUGACGAAUUUCGCAAAUAUAUUUGUUUAAAAUUAAAUGAAACUCAACAACAAGCAGAAAAAUUAAUCGCUAAAGAAGUUGAACAUAUAAACAAACAUGAAGAAAAUGUUCAUCAUUCGAACGAUAUUUCGAAUACUAUUCGUCAUAAAGUUACUGAACUUAUAGAUAAAAUAAAACAAGAAGAGAAAAAAUUGCUUCUUAGUUUACAAGAAUUUAAUCAUGCUGAAGAAAAGCUGUUAAAAGAAAACAAUAGUCGAUUUCAAGAUCUUACAAACAUUAAAACAUUCUGUUGUAACUCUCAAGAAAAACUAAACAGUAAAGUUGAAACAGAUCAAGAAGCUAUUGAAAUUCGGCAAAAAUGUGAAGAUUGUGUUAUUAAUAUAGAUAAUCUACAAAAUCAAAUACUUGCCGUUAAAGUGCCACGCCAUCGAAUUUCAUUUUUUAAUCAAGACAUAUCAUUUGAUGCUAUUUCAUUGGGUUUUGUUGAAAUAGCAACGGAACUUGAGCCAAUUGAAAGUUCUAUUCAACUUUCAUCGUUAAAAACUUGUCCCAUCGAUAAAAAUGUACAACAUUGUUCAAAAAAUCUAAUUCAUUGUUUGACUAGUACAUUACAACAUCAAAGGGAAUUUUCAAGUCCAUCAAUAACGGGUGACAACAGAUGUUAUUCAUCAUCGAAAAAUCAUAAACGAACACCGCGUAUUAUUGGUAAACGAGGCACGAAUGAUACAGAAUUCAAUCAUCCCUCGUCGUUAGCUUACUCAAAACGAGAUAAAGUGAUUUAUGUAUGUGACACAUAUAAUAAUCGUCUUGUUACAUAUGGGAUUGAUGGUACAUUUCAUCAAGUUUAUAAAGCUACAAGUGAAACAGGUGAAAAACGGUUUCAUCAUCCAUAUGCUAUUCAUAUUGAUUCUAAUAAUCGUCUCUAUAUAAUUGAUCAAUCUGAACGUCGAAUAAAAGUUUUCAAUCGUGAUUUUAAAUUAAUUCGCGUUAUUGGACAAUAUGGUCAUGGUGUUGGUCAGUAUUUGACUCCAUGCGAUUUAUGCACAAAUGAACAAAAGAAUAUAUUUGUAUGUGAUGCUGGUGGUCAUCGAAUAUUAAAAUAUAAUGAACAAGGAGAAUUUCUUCUUUCUUGGGGUGAGCUUGGCACUAACAAUGGACAAUUUAAAUGUCCAGCUUGUGUUUGUAUAUUAAACGGUGAUCGUUUAGCUGUAACUGACUGGGGAAAUGAUCGAAUACAAAUAUUUAAUACUGAUGGAGAUCAUUUAUUAUCGAUUGGUUAUCGUGGUAAACUUUUGGCAGAAUUUUCACGCCCACUCGGUUUAACAUACGAUGAAACAACUGAGAGAUUAUUUGUUUGUGAUGAAGGAAAUGAUCGUGUGAUGAUAUUUAAUCAUGAUUUUAGCAUAAUCGAACUUGUGAAUUCGAAAAUAGGUUUUAAUGGGCCCUAUGAUAUCGUAUUACUGAAAGAUGGUCGAAUAAUCAUAUGUGAACAUCGAGCACAUCGCCUACAAAUAAUUUAA